GCCACAUCCGACUGAAGCCCUUAUCAAUUUUGACUCAUGAUAUUGUUCAUUUUUGUUGAUCGUUCGUCGUGAAAUAGCUUAGUGAAAAUUGAAAGUUCCCAUAAGUUGAUGGGUUUAAGGAAAUGCUGGAUCCAGAAUACGAUUACUUCCUUGAAGAAGAUAAAUUGGGAAUGACUGUCACGUCGGGGAGCAUCACUAUCAAGAAGGACGACAACAACCUCAUUGGCAUCAGUAUUGGAGGUGGCGCCCCAUUGUGCCCAUGCCUUUAUAUUGUGCAGAUUUUUGAUAAUACGGCUGCCUGUCGUGAUGGUACCUUACAAUCGGGGGACGAACUGGUAUCUGUCAAUGCACAGUCAGUUAAAGGAAAGACCAAAGUGGAGGUGGCCAAGAUGAUACAAGCAGCAAAAGUAUUAUCAGAUAUGGGAACAUAUUUAUACAAAGCAAUUCCUGAUACAAGAUUAACUGUUAAGAAAUAUGCCGAUGCCAAAUUCGAAUACCUAGCGUAUUGUUUGAAAGUGAAGGAAAUGGACGAUGAAGAGUGCAGUUAUGCUGCUUUACAAGAACCCCUUUAUCGAGUGGAGACAGGGAAUUAUGAAUACAGGUUGAUUCUACGUUGCCGUCAAUUAGCUAGAGCCAGAUUUGCCAAAUUGAGAGCUGAUGUUCUGGUUAAAAUGGAACUUCUGGACAAUAAACACGUCCAAUCACUUGGAGGUCAUUUAGUGAAGCUGAUCAAAGGUUUAUCAGAUAUGCAUUCUAAUGUUUUGACAUUCUUCGAUGGACCAGCACUAUUUCCAGUAGAAGUUGAUCUAUCAACUAGUGCAUUCCAGUAUAAAUCCACGACUCCAGUGGUCCAGUAUACCGACGAGGAAGAUAAACACAUAGAAGACGGGGAGGAGAUAUCAGAACACGAAAGUGAUCUCAUUUCUCAAUUCGAGAAAACAAUCAUUGGCGAACCCACCUCAGACACGUUGCUUCCUGAUCUUCAAUCGUCAGAUAUUCAGAGUGAACCAAAUUAUGAUGAAAUGGAUAAUCUCACGCUUCUUUCUUCACUCGGUAUCAAUGGGAGUCCACAAGAAACGGAACUAUCUCAUGUAACAGAUUUAUUAAAUCUAUAAUAAACAAGGUGUCUUAUUUCAUCUUCA